AUGGCUGGGUAUGCGAGACUUCUGAAGAUCCACGCUUUUAUCGACCUUUACUAUUGCAUUGUCAACGUGGCAACCAGCGUGGUAGGUUUCAGAUGCUGUUCAGUGAUAUAUACAUACAUGUUUAGGAGCCCUUCCCCUAUGGCGGCUAUUUUUAUCUUGUUCCAACGGGAUUUCUUCGACACGUCGACAAUCGACACUGGUGGAUUUUCUUUUUUGCGGUUUAUUACAAUUCGAUCCUGGCGGAGAUGUCGAUCAGCCCGGUGGAUUUUUAUUACCGAUAUCGGGAUAUCUGUCGGUAAGUGUCUCGAGUUCAGCAAGAGCACGUGUAUAAGGGGUCUCUAUUCUAGUUCUGAUUUCGGAUCCCAAGCCCAAAUAAUACUAAAUAAACAAAAUGACUAUACAGGGUGCGCCAAUAAAAUCUGGACUAAUGUUUUUGCUUGCCCUGCGGGCUGUAACAGUACGAGAACAAAGUGGGCGAUUGUGGAUACGUGUAAUACGUCCAAGAAGCUAUCUUUAAAGUUUCAGACAAAAUAAUCGUCUACGACACUUGUUUUGCCAUUAUAAGUGCAUACAACUAAGGCGCCUGAAACACGGACCCCAAAUUGGUCAAAAAAUGGUUGCGCUAUCUUUACCGUUUUAUGCUAUGGACUGAAAUUUACUUUUUCUAAUAGAGCUCCGUUCGGUUUUUAUACACUGAAAUUGAUUUUGCCUCAUUAUGACAAUUAGGCUUUUUACAGCUCGCCAAAGUUGGCUUAAAAACGGGCCCUUUUUCCCGAGAACUUCCGUUAAAUCAAAGAUUUUUAUGUAGAAGUUUCCCUGUGUGAUUCCAAACAUGUUAAGCAUCAGAACUACUUUUGCAAGGAUAACCAGAGUCAGCAUAGUCGCCUUUCAAAAAGGAUUUUUCUAUCUGCUGCCUCUGGGGAUGAAAUAGUGGCUGUAGGGGCAUAAUUUACUAUAUCCUCGCUAUUCGAGUGAGCUUGGACUAGAUAUUUCUAAAAGUGAUUUGGAUACAUCAGCAUGUAUCCAGUAUACAACUCUAUGUUGAUUUUUACGCUCAAGGCCUUUCAUACUUGUUGCAAACUGCCAAAACGUUUCAAGUUCCGAAUGACCGUGCCUUGAAUUCCCCCCAUGAACUUUUAUUUAUGAAAAAACGGUCCCCUUGUAUGUGCGGAUUUUCUUUUACACUACAGGGUGUUUCAAGAAAUUUGGAACAAAUGAUUUGCUUAUAUCUUUGUGUUAUUUGCAGCUAUCAACGAAUUUCUUUUUGCUUCUAAAAAUUGACAGCGUGCGUUUUUAGAAUCUCAAAAAAAUUUGUUUUUCGUCGGCGGAGGGCCCAUUUCUCGGCGGAGAAAAUUAGGGCCUUUUUUAAAAAUCACAGCGUAUUACGUGGCGGAAACGCCGUUGCACCGGCUGAAAUCAAGUUUACGUUACACCUCCGUCGAUUUUACGGUAUGCAUUUUUUUGUUUUCGAUUUUACGCGCACCGCGGAGGCGCGGCGGAGACUUCAGAUUUCGGCGGACGUUGUUUCGGGCCUUCAGAUGUUGCAAUUCAUGUUGGAAAAGAGGUUGGGGUGAUUUUUUGUUGUCAUCCGAUGCACAGAUGGCAAAAAUUUCGUGCUUUUUAUCCCCGGCGGAGGAGUCGGCGGAGGCUUUAUCAAAGGGUAAAAACAAAACUCCGCCGAUUUGUCCGCCGGACCAAAAAAAUCAAAAAUCUUUGAAAGGCAAUGCUGCUCUGAUGGAUUCUUGUAGCUGAGAUUUUUCCCGGACUCGUAAGACUGCUUUGACCCUUUGAUAAAGCCUCCGCCGAAUCCUCCGCCGGGGAAAAAAGCACGAAAUUUUUGCCAUCUGUGCAUCGGAUGACAACAAAAAAUCACCCCAACCUCUUUUCCAACAUGAAUUGCAACAUCUGAAGGCCCGAAACAACGUCCGCCGAAAUCUGAAGUCUCCGCCGCGCCUCCGCGGUGCGCGUAAAAUCGAAAACAAAAAAAUGCAUACCGUAAAAUCGACGGAGGUGUAACGUAAACUUGAUUUCAGCCGGUGCAACGGCGUUUCCGCCACGUAAUACGCUGUGAUUUUUAAAAAAGGCCCUAAUUUUCUCCGCCGAGAAAUGGGCCCUCCGCCGACGAAAAACAAAUUUUUUUGAGAUUCUAAAAACGCACGCUGUCAAUUUUUAGAAGCAAAAAGAAAUUCGUUGAUAGCUGCAAAGAACACAAAGAUAUAAGCAAAUCAUUUGUUCCAAAUUUCUUGAAACACCCUGUAUAACAAUUGGCUAUGUAUACGCUCUGUAAUCACGAAAUUUUGGAGCAACACGAGCUAUAAUCUGGCGUUGAGAUCUUUAAAAACACAAAAAUCCAAAUUUUUGGGUAUUUUUUUGUUUCCGCCACCAGCGCCGUCAGAUCGGCCGCCAACCCUGGUUCCGUAGGCUGUUACAAAGACAACAGCACGUACUUUAUAUACAAUCAAUUUGAAGAACGUCAGUGACUGUUAGCAGAAAUAAUGGAAGAAUCAAUAUCCCAGUCAUCAUCUGGAAAAAAAAUUUCUGCACCUCCAAAAACUUUUGAUUAUUUUUUUCAGCCUUGCAAUAGGCAUCGACCUGGUUAUUACCGUUGCUGUAUAGCACUGUUGUUACCCUUUCUAAAAGUGGUAAAAGUUUCCGUUCUCAGGCCAUCCGAAAGGGCUAUAUGGAAUUUAGUUUUGUCCAGAUUUUAUUGGCGCACCCUGUACAAACUCAGGAAACGACCAACUAUGCCCUAGGCAACAACUUCAAUAAUAAACUCACAACAAUUGACUCCACCAAAACAAGAGUUGACCAUAGACAAAUAAUAGACAACAGUAGAAAUAGACGGUUUAUUGCUCCAAACAACAUACAACCGCAUAAGCGGGAAAGAGAGACACGAAAUAAUACAGGGUGGUCCAGCUAAGUUCGCGGAUGUAAAAUGCUUAUAACUUUUUAUAGGAUUGUUCAAUUUUUAUGAGCAAUAGCUCAUUUUAUUCCUUAGUAGUUGCCAUUUUGCUUAAAAAAAAGAUCGUUAAAAACGAUCAAUCCUACGUCGAGUUAUGACCCUUCAAAGUCAAACAUGCUUUUUCACGUAAAUUUUUAAAAAAAUUUAAUUUUUAAAAAUUUUUGAAUUGCGGUGUCACCGCUCGCUGUUACCGGGAAAUGAUGGUGAACAGAGCGAUCCCAGCUAUGCAAAAUUGGCCCAAUUUUGCCAGUCUUUGGUAUUCUUCCAUAAUUUGGCGCCUCAUUUGUUCAUCCUGGCGAACUCGUUCCACCUCUUCGAUUACGCGCUUCGAUUCCACGUCUUUGGGCGCCAAUCCCUGAUGAAAAUCCGCUGUUUUAAGAACCCCCAAAUGGAGAAAUCUAGCGGAGUUAGAUCAGGUGAACGCGGGGGCCAAGCAAUUGGAGCUGGUUGCCGCGCAGAUCCCCGGCCCAUCCAACGACCUGGAAAAACCUGGUCAAGGAGUUGACGGACCGCUAUAG